UGUGGGCUUUGCAGUGAGGCUGCUCGAGGGUUGUAGUUCCUGGUGCUUCCGAUAGAGGCGCAUUCUUCACGGAGCUGCCACAGCACCUCAGACGUCUCACUCAGCAGCGGCCUUCUAUCGACUAAUAUUCAUCAACGAUGGACGCGGGUUUUUUCCGCGGCACAAGCGCGGAGCAAGACAACCGGUUUAGCAACAAGCACAAGAAACUAUUGAAGCAGCUGAAAUUUGCAGAAUGUCUGGACAAAAAGGUGGAUAUGACCAAAGUGAACCUGGAAGUCAUAAAGCCAUGGAUUACCCAACGAGUGACAGAGAUUUUGGGGUUCGAGGAUGAUGUCGUCAUAGAGUUCAUAUUUAACCAGCUUGAAGAUAAGCACCCGGAUAGCAAGAUGAUGCAGAUUAACUUGACUGGUUUCCUGAAUGGGAAAAAUGCCAGAGAGUUUAUGAGAGACCUCUGGCCCCUGUUGCUGAGUGCCCAGGAGAACAUUGCUGGCAUCCCAACUCCAUUUUUGGAACAGAAAAAAGAGGAAAUCAAGCAGCGACAGAUUGAACAGGAGAAGCUUGCAUCUCUGAAGAAAUUGGAGGACGACAAAAAGGAUUCACGAGAGAGGCCUCAAUCAAAGAGCCCAAGAAGACGGAAGACGAGGUCACCAUCGCCACGACGGAGGUCACCAUCACCACGGCGCAGGUCACCAGUGAGGCGGGAAAGGAAGCGUAGUCACUCACGCUCCCCAAGGCGCAAAGCUAGCCCAGCUGGUGGAAACUCACCUCCUCCACCCUUGAUGCAGCUGCCCACAAAACCUGUGGAGCUGCCGAUGGCGCCUGAUACAUCAGGAAGAUCCAUGCCAGGACCAGUCAUCCAAGAGGCAUCUUCCACGAGUGAAACUAUUAUGGAGGGUGUGAAAGCAGACUCUGUGACUGAAGACAAAGAGCUGUCACAUGAGAUCAAUAAGAAAGAGGAAAGGCCCAAGUCCAGGGAUAGGGAGAAAGACAGUAGGAAGGAAAGACAUCACCGCCGCUCCCGUUCUCAUUCCCACUAUCGCAAACGACGCUCUCGUUCAAGAUCUUACUCUCCACGUAGAAGGCAGAGUCCCAGAAGGAGACUCUCUCCACGUCGAAGAAGCCCACCCAGACGGGGCCCUACCAGCUCCAGAAACAGACACAGGCGGUCACCUGUCCGCAGGAGGCGCUCUCGUUCUGCUUCAUCCUAUGGCAGCAGCUCCUCACGCUCUCACUCACCCAAAAAACUAAUAAAAAGAAUAUCCAACUCACCCCUGCGAAAACCACCCCACAUUCUUGAUGCCUCUGUUAGCCCCCCCAGGAAAGACAGGCGAUCACCAUCUCCACGGGCUAGAAGGGGAAGAGGUUCAGCAUCUCCUCCCAGAUCAUCUGGCGUUAAGAGAAAAGCUGGUCCAAGAGGUGAUUCACCUUCAGAUAACAUUAAACCCAGGCAUUCUGGGUCAGAAUCAGAUGAGGAUAAACACGAAAAAGGCACAGCAGCUGAUUCAGUGCAACAGAGACGACAAUAUCGCAGACAAAAUCGGGAGUCAUCUUCAGAUUCAGGAUCUUCCUCCUCAGAAGAUGAAAUAUCUAAGAGGCCAAAGGCAGGACCAGGUGCAAGAAAUGGAGAUGUUCGGAAGAGACGGAGCCACACACCUUCCAUGCGUAGGCGACCCAGAGAUGCCUCUCCUAGGAAAAGGCGAUCACCAUCUCCUGGUGCACGCAGACGCCGUUCUCCUACUCCUCCAAGGCGUCGCAGAUCGCCUUCUCCAAGACGAAGGUCUCCUUCCCCACCUCCCCGCAGACGAUCUCCAUCCAACAGGCGUUAUUCACCUCCCAUCCAGCGUCGAUACAGCUCUUCACCUGUACCUCCAACGAAGAGGAAAUUAUCUGGCUCUCCCACAAGACGUGCUUCACCGGGGGGGAAACGGCGCCCUUCUAGAUCCCCAAAACGUAGAAGUUCUCCUCCUCAGCGGCGGCGCACACCUCCAUCCUCCUCUUCCCCUCCUAGACAGAGAAGAAGCCCCAUGUCCUCUUCUGGUCGGCCAAGUAGGGAUGCCCGAUCUCCUGCUGUAGCAGCAUCAAACCGCCGCUCCCUGUCCCCAGCAAACCGCAGUCGCACUAUCAGAGGUUCCAACAGUCCUGCGAGGCGUUUCGAAAUCUCCAACCAGCGGAGACACUCGCCGUCACACAAUGAAAAACCUAUCAGAAGAGUUUCACGUACCCCAGAGCCACGCAACAACCAGAGACCUUCGCCAAGCCCCCAGCCUUUGCGAAGGGUUUCCUCCAGGUCUCGAUCCCUUUCCCCUCAGCCAGCAGCUGUGAAACGCCCACCACCUGCAUCUGCCUCUCCCUCACCGUCUCGCUCUGCCAGUGUGUCCCCGCCACCAGCCAAGAAGGCCAGCAGUGGCUCUGGAAGCCGGUCACCUAGCAAGAAUUCAGAUGUUGAUGGCAGUGCAAAGAAGAAGAAGAAGAAGAAGGAGAAGAAGCAUAAGAAAGACAAGAAACAUAAGAAGCACAAGAAGCAUAAGAAGGAGAAGAGUGGCAACACAGGGACUGGAGACGGCCAGCAGAACCAGGGUGGGGAUGAAGAUGGUGAAUCACGAAAGGAAUCAGAGAGUGAAGUGGAUGACGGCUUGGAUGACCUUGAGAAACACCUGAGAGAGAAAGCACUGCGUUCUAUGCGAAAGGCCCAGGUGUCUCCAUCACAAAUGUCCUAAUACUUAGCCCCUGAAAAAAAGUUUCCAUGUAACCUUCAUGUUUGUGAUCAACCUGAUUCAGCUUUAGAAUGUACAAACUGUCAAUUCUGCAGUCUUGUUUUCUUUAUACGGAUUUGGUACAUUUUGAGGUGUUCUUUUUGAGCGUGAUUUGUCAGCCUGUUAUCUAAACUGUAAAAAGUGUGUUGUCUAUAACUACUAAAUUGAUUAGCAUGGGAACGAUGUAUACUGAGGAGUGAGAUGGACAGGUUUCAUUUUCUCCCCCCCAGAACCCAAAGUAGAUUCUUUUGAGAAGUGAUUGCAUGUGCAGUGAUCGUUUCUGAUGUGCAUGAACCACUGGCUAUGGCAUAUAGAGGAAAACCACACACACACAAUAUAUACAGUUCUAUUACCACCUGAGCGUGAACAGUAACAGUUUGGUCGUUUAAAGCAGUGCACAAUGGUUUACCCAACUGUUGUUUUUUUUUUUUUUUGUUUUAAAGAGGACCCUUUAUCCAUCUCAACUGAUAAGUUUUUGACAUCCUUGAACCAAGCUAAUUCAUGUGAGACUGCUUUAUGUUUUGUAUUUAGUACCCUGAGUUGUCUUGUCAUCCUUUCAAAAUUAAAACCUUUUAUAGGA